AACACGCCCCAGUUUGACAUUAAAAUGUAUGCAAGAAAGGACAUCUGACCAAAUACAACAGGAAGGCAAUAAGUACGCUGUAUUUUCUGAGACAAUGAAGCUAGCGCGCCCAAUGAAAAUUUGAUAUUUCUCUAAAGCUGUUAGCAUGCCGUAAGACAUUUCGUUCGUAAUUAUUAUUCAUUUUAAAUGAAAUACUGCAUGAGUAAGAAUGAUUAAGGACGGUCUCAAUGUUACGUGGUGAAGAUAGCCGGAAACUGAUGGCGUUGUUUGUGUUUUUUGGCACUCUUGGUUGAAGAAGAGAGAGAAAGGAUGUUUAAAAGCUAAUGCGAUGUAACAGAAAAUCAAGCGUGCGUCAUUAUCCAACGGAAAAAUCUCAGUGAACAGCGCAAACAGUGAAGCAAUAUGGAGUAUCUCGACAUCAUCCUGUGCUUCAAUCUACUUGUUUUGAUAAGACUUUUCAUCGGGACGCCAUCAACAAACGCAGUUUCCUUCACAGCAGAGGAUAGUUAUUUGGCGAGCCAAGUGAUGAAAACAGUUUUCUCUAAAGACUGGCUGAGCUGUACACUCGCAUGUCAGAAUGACGAGAAGUGCGUAUCGUACAAUUACAACACGUUCACAGGUUCUUGUGAUUUGAACGAACAGGGCUUACAGCAACCAUUUAGUGGACAGAACGAAUUAGUGAAAAUGCAGGGCAUGAUAUUUCAUCAGAUAAGGCCAGCAACAAAGCUCUUUCUUCCAAGAGAAGUCCAGUCAUCAAACCAGUGCGGCUGCAGUUGCACGUCAGAGAGUGCCUGCAGACCUGGGCAAGGUUCUUAUGACAGACUUCCCAUGUCCUGCAAAGAGAUCUGGGAGAAUUCUAGAAUCCGUGUCGAUGGAUCCUUUUACAUUCGGGCUGAGCCACCCUCCCAGUACGCACAUGUGUUUUGUCACAUGACUCCAAUUCCCGGUUGUGGAGAUGGCGGAUGGACACUGGUCAUGAAGAUCGAUGGAAACAAGCAAACGUUCACGUACGAUUCGAAAUAUUGGAAUAACACUGUUGCUUACAAUGAAGGUGGCGGAACAGGCCUGCAUGACACGGAAACCAAGCUCAGCAGCUUUUGGUCUACACCGUUUACUCAACUGUGCCUGGGCAUGAAAUAUCAGGACGAAACGAACUGGAUUACACUGAACUAUGCUGGGUCUUCAUUGAGGGACGUCAUUGGGAACGGUACAUUUAAGGAGACACAUUUGAAUGUGACGGAAUGGAAGAAGCUGCUGAAUAACUCAGAUAUCCAGGUAGGAUGCACUUUUCAAGGUUUCAACAAUAAACAAAAAUACGGCAACGGCGCAAGAGCUCGUAUUGGAAUCAUUGGCGCUCCAAAUGAUUGCGUAGAGACAGCGCGAUCUAGAAUCGGCUUUGGUACUACGGGAAGUUUUUUCGAUAUGGACCCCCUGAACUCAUGUGGAAACGAGAUGCAAAGGACCUCCAGCAUAAGAGCUUUUGGAUACAUUUUCGUUCAGUAAAUAAAGUAUGCUGCAUUAAACCUCUGUAAAUAUAUCAUUAGUAGAAUUCUACUUAGAUAAUUAUGCAAAUACUGCAAUCUGAUUGGCGCAGCUAUGCAAUACUAUUAGCCAUUAGUAUAUACCACGCAAGUG